CAUCCGGGAAGGGAAUUGCAUGACAGGCGAUUUGUUGACACCGAAUAGGACCAAUAGUGUAACAUUUGGGAAAGUGUGAAAUUAUUUUUUUUACCGAUGUUUGGUGCAGUCAUUUAACUUUGGAUUCACAUGCCGACCAAUUGCAACUAUUCUAGCACCGGUGCUGUCAUCAUGCAUCAUAACAGUUGUAUCCCGGUUUUUCUCGUUGGCUUACUAUCUUUCUAUGGAUUUCUGAGCUGUGUGUCUUCAUGUAGUAAGGAACCUGAAACACCGGACUGGCGGAUGACUUUAAAAACCAUUCGCAAUGGGAUCCAUAACAUUGACAAAUACCUCAACGUUGCUCUGGACUUAUUUGGAGGACAAGAUGGACUGUGUCACUAUGAAUGCAGCGAUGGUUACAAACCAGAACCCCGGCCUGGUUACAAACCAAACCCACCCAAUGGAUGUGGGUCACCCCUGUUCGGAUUCCAGUUUGACAUCGGCAUCCCGUCCUUGACCAAGUGCUGUAACCAGCACGACCGUUGCUAUGACACCUGUAACCGUGAUAAACACGACUGUGACGAUGAGUUCCAGGAAUGCCUGGAGACCAUCUGUAGGAGAUUACAGAAGAUGUUGGGACUGGCCCAGAGUGUCCAAGCUUGUGAGAAUACUGUGACCCUGCUGUUUGAGGCUGUCAUGCACAUGGGGUGUAAACCUUACAUGGACAGCCAGAGAGACUCCUGCAUAUGCAAAUUUGAAGUCAAGAGGGAUCUAUGAGCUGCCAUCCAGAGGGGAUUCUGGAAUAGUCAAGCCACCAGAGAAACAUUGAAGUCAAUACUGUAUCUUGGGAUAGAGCUGUGGAAGUUUCCAUUGAUAACAAUGUGCUAAGCCUUGUGAAGGGGCCUGGAUGUGCUCUCAAUGAAUGAACGUUGGGUGAUCUGAGUUUUUAAAUUGCUAUUUGAUAAUUUUGUAGAAUUGUUCUCCUAUGCAAAGGUUGUUUGGUGGUUGUUGUCAUGUAUGUCAUUUGUUUGUUCUGCCACACAUUUAUAUGAAGUAUAAAUUAAGAGAGAAUAUGAAUGUUUAUAAAAGGUACGAAGACAUUGGAAGACAAAUGUAUGACUACAAGCACAUAAUGAUACAGUGAUGAGGGUAAUGGCUACAUUAUAUUGCCCAGUAAGUGUAUUGUUUUGGUUACACUUCUGUAACCGAUGUGAAAUGGCUAGCUAGUUAGCGGUGGUGCGCGCUAAUAGCGUUUCAAUCGGUGACGUCACUCACAAGGGCCGAGGAUUUUGUGGAGCGAUGUUUAACGAUGCUUCGUGGGUGUCAGUUGUCAAUGUGUGCAGAGGGUCCCUGGUUCGAGCCCGGCGAGGAUACAGACUAAAGUUAUACUGUUACACUUCUCCGCCCAUGCAUUGGCUAUAUAGCCUGCUUUAUUUCGCAUGUGUGGCUACUGAAUAUGAGCAGCGAGAACGAUGAGAGCGGACACUUGUACAUUCUCUUGCCACUUGAUUCUCCUCCCACGCAUAGGCAGCCUACUCUAUUUCAUUGAGACCAGACUAUAAUCUCUCGGGGACUAAUUCAUGUGGACAGAUGAAACUGCGAGAAUCUGUCAAUGCACAUGUAGGAUUAUGUGGUUGAUGAGCAACAUUGAGGGGUUCAAUUAAUAUGCCCGGGCGCCCGACAAUGCGUGUUUUUUUACCGGGUGAAAGUUGAUUGCGUUUGUUUUGGAACCGGCCUGCCUCCCGGGUGUGAGACAGGUGCCCGGUUCAAAGCCCACGGAGAAAUCCGCUCAAAACGUAAAUAGUACGUGGAGUAAAGAGUACGGUUCUGUGUUUUCACAUGUAAAAGUGAUUGCUUUUGACAAAAGCAUCCGCUUUCCCAAUGAAAUCUAGUUUGAAAAUGUAAACAUAUUUUGAAUGGAAAAGAGAUGUAGGCCUAUAUGUUUCUGGAUGACGCACCUUGUUGACAGAGCGGCACAGACUACUGUUUGACUUGAAAAGGGCACUCCUCCUCCCUUAGUGCUUUUGCCAAUUCACGUCAAAGGACAUACCGAUGCCCCGCGGUUCACCAUUUUAUUUAACUGUUUUUUAACCAGGAAAAAAACAGAGACCCAGAGACGCUUUUUCAAGGGAUACAUGGCCGAAAAUGCCGUAACAAUCAAUACAUUACAGGAUUAAAACACAACAAUAUGAUCCAGCCCCCAAAAAGCAUUUACACUACUCUGUAACAGUCUCCCAUGAACAUUUAAAUUCAUUGUGGCACUAACAUAUCUAGAUGAAGUAUGGAUUGUAGACUACACCAUACCUCUGGUGCACAAGACAACAAGGCAGUCUUGCUUAAUAGUGCAAAUGUCCUGAGGACUUUAAGUAGGUAGCCUAGUGGUUAGAGCUGUGGGCCAGUAACAGAAAGGUUGCUAGAUUGAAUCCCCAAGCUGACAAGGUAAAAAUAUGUAGUUCUGGCCCUGAACAAGGCAAUUAACUCACUGUUCCUAGGCCAUCAUUGUAAAUAAGAAUUUGUUCUUAACUGACUUGCCUAGUGAAAUAAAUGUUUUUUUUAAAGUAGCAACUGCCCAUCAGACCGGGUAUGGUAACUGCUGGUGGUGAAGGAGACCAGACUACAUAGAUGAAGAGGGAGUUUACACAAAAGGGUUUAGUAGAUGAACACUUACAUAUAAUCAAUCCUCCCAGUAGUUUCUGGAUUUGUUUUUUUGUUGUUUAUUUGGACGAAUCAGGAUUGGGCAAAUGCAUGCAUAAAGUGCUAAUCAGCAGUUACAUCAUUUUUUAAAACGUAUAAAUUAAUGAUAUGCACACAUUGAUUCUUGAACAAUAUAAUAAUUUAUAAAUGCAUCAUGAGCUUAGUUCAACUGGCAUACAACAUCAAAACCCCAAUUAUAAGCUUGUUUUACUACGAUGUUUGUAAACAGAGAAAAUGUCAAACAAAUAGCCUACUGCAGCCUCAAAACAUGGUUUAAACUAUCAUGUUGAUACAAUGGCUGUGCAGUCCUUGCAUCCAUAGCUCUGUCUAUGAUUUUGAGAGAGGUUACAUUCCUCAAGCCCCAUCCCUCAGCGUUUUACUGACAACCUCUUUAUUAUUGUUUCGACUGCUGCUUUAACUGGUGCUGUCACGACAUCCGCCAAAGUCGGCCCCUCUCAUUGUUCCGACUCAUUGUACCGACUUUCUAGCCAUGGCCGAUCCACUUUUCAUUUUCCAUUGGUUUUGUCUUCCAUCACACCUGGUUCCAAUUCCAUCAAUUAAUUACAUGUGUAUUUAACCCUCUGUUACACCCCCCCAUGUCCGUAAUUGUUUGUUGUCAGUGCUUGUGCACGUCUGUCCUGGUGUGCGUUGGGUUAUGUACCCAUUUAUUUUAUUGUUCUGUAUCCGGUGGGUUGAUGAUUAAACUGAGCAGUUGGAAGCACA